AUGACUGUUAUCAUGAAUUCUCUUAUUGCUGAAGUGAAGAAAGGCAACAUCGAAGGUGUGGAGUCAAUAUUGAAGCACUCAGACAAUUGCAGUAUCGUUAACUUUCAAGACACCGACAGACGGGAGACCGCACUCUUCACUGCGUGUGCCCAGGGCUUUUUAGCUAUCGUGCAGUUGCUGAUCUCGUUUGGCGCUAAUCUUGGCUUAUACACGGUAUGGGGAGCUACACCUCUACACGCUGCAGCAGAAAAUGGCCACGAGCAGAUAGUACGAUUCUUGGUUCCAAUGGGUGCAUCGAUAAAUGCACAGACUCAUUAUGGCGAUUCACCUUUACACUUAGCAGCUUUUCGAGGACAUCUAGGUGUUGUACGAUAUCUGGUGGAAUGUGGUGCCAAUGUCACCUUGAAAAAUGUCAAAUGGAAAACUGCAACUGAAGAAGCUACACUAGCUAAUUAUGUCGAAAUAUCAACUUACUUGAGAAGUAAACAGGAUGAAUAUAAAAGUAGUACUAGAGUCCAUCCAGAAUUGAAUGAUGGUAAUAGUAUUCCAAAUUAUAAACUGCCAAGUGGUAGCUGCGGAUCACCUCGACCUUUGUCCAGUUACCUUCCCACAUCACAACCACCAAGACACCUUUCCACAUCCCAACCACCAAGACACCUUUCCACAUCCCAACCACCAAGACAUAUGGCAAUUAACAAUUUAUCUAAAGAUGAUGUUGAUGGACAUCGAAGUGCGAUAAUUUCUAACAUACCUAUUGCUGAUGGCAUAUCAAAUCGACGCCAACCUGUCGAAAGUCUUGACCCAUCUUGUCUUCCACCCCCAGGCCUACCGCCAUCUCUUAAUUCUGAUAGAACAGGAAAUGUGAACAUGGACCCUAUGUGUCAACAGCCACCACCUCCACAUAGUUUUAACGACAAGACUAAAGUAUUUCAUGAAUCGGAAACAACACUCUUGCAUCGCGUUGACGAAGAUUCUCGAGAUCACUUACAAGAAAACAUUACCACAGCGGUGUCUGAACUUCGAGCAACUAGACAAGAGCUAGAAAACUGUCAUAUUCUUUUGAAAAGUUCUAGGGACAGGGAAAUGAAAAUAUUGGAAGACGAACGUCGACUUCGUCAACGAGAAGUGGAAUUGGUUGAAAGUAUUUCAUACUUACAAUGGAGAUCAAGAAACCAACACAGAAAAUGA